AUGUCGAGAUUAACAUGGGCCUCUACUGCGUUUACUCGUGCACUCAAACUAAAAUACCCUAUAAUUCAAGCCCCUUGCGCAGGUCAUGCAGCCUCUGAUCUUACUGCGGCAAUUAGCAAUGCAGGUGGACUAGGAUCCUUGGGUCUUGCUACAACCCAACCCGAGGCAAUGCGCGAGAUUAUUCGUGAUACUCGUGCAAAAACCUCCCUGCCAUUUGCAGUCAAUAUCUUUUGUAGACAAACUCCCCCGCCUACUCGCGAAGAACUGGCAAAAAUAUAUCCAACUGACACAUUCCUUGACAACAUUCGUCAUGAGCUUGGUAUUUCACAACCACUACAAUUUGCCAUGAGGUCCCCUCCACUUGAUAGUCAGGCAACUGUUAUUAUUGAAGAAGGCGUUCAAGUAGUCUCUUUUACCUUUGGAUACCUCCCUGAUCAUUUGUUCAAAGCCUUCAAAGAUGCAGGAAUAUACAUUAUUGGAACGGCUACAACUGUGCAAGAAGCACUCAUUCUGGCAGGAGAAGAUUCUCCAGAGGCACAACCCAAAGCUGAUGCUAUCGUAGCUCAAGGGUUAGAAGCAGGUGGGCAUCGUGGCUCUUUCCUUUCUGAUCAAGGCAAAGAAAUGUCUACCCGGGAUCUUGUUCAAGCUAUACACAAUACUCUUACCAGCAAAAUACCUAUCCUAGCUGCAGGUGGACUCAGUGAUGGUCCCACCGUUGCCGAUGCACUGUUGAAAUGGGGCGCAGAUGGCGCUGUGAUCGGAACACUUUUUAUGCUUUCCAAGGAGUCGCCUACUCCUUUUGCUCAUAAAGAUGUUAUGCUACACUCUCAAGAACCCACAAAGAUCACUAAAGUGAUUACAGGUCGUCGUGCACGCUGCUUCCCCAAUAAACUAGUCAGAAAUAUAGAGGAUUCGGUAGGAAGUUCAGUUGAGAUCCCCCCAUACGAUAUACACUCUGCAAAAAUAGCCGACAUUGUGACUCAUGGAACAAAAAAUAGCUUGACCGAUUAUAUGUAUCUCUUAUCAGGAGAUAAUACAACAAAGGCAGCCAAGUAUUCUGAAGAAGGUACUCUGUCAGCAACUGGAAUUUUUAAUAAGCUAGUAUCCGAUAUCCAAAAACAUGCUUAGGUUUCCUCCAUUUUAAACAAAAUCUUUUACAAAUAU